AUGCUAAAAUAUAUAAUUGCACAAUCAGUAGAAUUGGAUAAAGUAAAAACAGAAGAAGAAGAAGAAGAAGAAGAAGAAGAAGAAGAAGGAGAACAGCAAAAAGAAAAGAUAUUAUUUCUAUACAGUUUAGCACAAAUUGCAGUAUUUGCAUGGCAAAUCAAAUACUGCAGAGAUCAUCAAUGGGAGUUGGAAGGUCGUAACAGCGAAACACCAUGGAAUCCGAUUCACGAAUUUAAAAAGCAAAAAAGAAGGAUUUAUAUACCGUUUUGCAGAUUUGAUCGUGCUCAAGCAUUACAUCCAGGUCUCUAUGAUGUUUAUUCAGAAACCCCAGAAAAGCGGCGUACCAAAGCUUUACUGGCUUUGGCUAUCACUACUGAAGUUGUUGCAUGUGCUCAUCUCUGUGUAACCAUUAUGUUAAUUAUUGCAGCCAAAAAGAGUAAUGCCAACUAUAUUUGGCCAUGGCUUAUUUCUGUCUUAAUCAUUAUCAUAACUUCAACAAUCUAUGCAGUACUCUGGUGGUCCGGUGAUGUAUUUGGGGAGCAGUUGGCGAUGUCUGUUGCCGAAUUUGUCUUUUCUCUUGCCGUCAAUGGUACCUGUGCAAUUGUUGUAGCUGUCUUUUUUUUCCGUAUUCGUGGUGAUCUGACAUCUGUAAAGCCAAAGCAAGCAUUACCAACUUAUUAUGAACAGUCUGAAUUACCAGAAGGUGUGGCUGAAUGGCGAAAAGAAUGGCCGGAAAGUGGGCAAAAAAAAUUUGAAAAGAAAUGGAGACGAAAAAAUAGACGUUCACGAAGUUAUCGACGAGACUCGAUGAAGGGCACUCGAAAACGUAGUCAUUUGGCAAGCUCAAAAAGGAAUCGUUCUAGUAGUGCACGGUUUAGUAGACUCUCACCAAAUGCAAAUUCGCCUACUACCAGGUAUACCACUGAACGACAAUUCUAUUCCCCUAACAACUACCCCACAAAACAACUGCCACCUCCGGAACUUAGUACGCCUCGUAAGGAAGAUAAUUGGAUGUCGAAGACUGGAACAGUUGGUUGUGCAGACAGCAGCAACUUGACGACCAGGAGAAGCAGGAGGAUGACGGAAUGGGACAGCAAAAGCCAUAUGCCCGGUGCUGCUUCUGCUGGUGGUGGUGAGCGAUAUAACUGGCUUUAUUUAAGCGAACAACGACUUCAGGAGCACAACGCUCGUUUAGGGCAUUAUAAGUUCUAA